CUGGGAGCUCGGGGGGGGUCCCCGUGUCCCGCGGCGUGACCGGAAACCUCCUCCCUUCCCGUCCGCCGGGGCAGCGGCGCGGCGGGGGUGGUGGCAUCGCCCGUGUCCCCGCAGAUGCUGUGACAGCCAUGUCGGACGAGAAGCCCCCGCAGCUCGUGGAUUACUUCGUGGUGGCCGGGCUGGCGGAGGCGUCGCGGGCGCUGGAGGAGGAGCAGCAGCCGCGGCCGGCGCGGCCCGGGGAGCCCAUCACGGACGUGGCCGUGAUCAUCCGCUCGCAGGGCGAGGAGGUGCCCCAGGGCUUCACCUGCAUCGAGACCAGCACGUCGGGCCACCCCGUGGACCUCAACGCGGGGCUGCUCAACAACCCCCAGAUGUUCCUGUGCUACAAACGCGGGCGGGACAAACCCCCCCUGAUCGAGCUGGGGGUGCACUAUGAGGGCAAGGACCGCCCCAAGCCAGGCUACCAGAUCCUGGACACGACCCCCUACAGCCGCUCGGCCAACCUGGCCUCGGGCUCCCCGGGCCACCAGCGCACCUUCCUGACGUUCCGGCGCGCGGCCGAGCCCCCCGGCCACCACACGCUGGGCGUCACCGACAUCUGCCUGGUGAUGCCCAGCAAGGGCGAGAGCACCCCCCACACCUUCUGCCGCGUGGACAAGAACCUCAACACCAGCAUGUGGGGCCCUGCGUUGUUCCUGUGCUACAAGAUCGCCGUGGCCAAGGACAACACGCUGGUCUACGAGGCAGGGCUGCUGAGCCGCUACCCCGAGCAGGACAGUGAGUCCUUCCCGCUGCCCGAGUCGGUGCCCGUGUUCUGCCUGCCCAUGGGGGCCACCAUCGAGAGCUGGCCCGUGGGCACCAAGUACCCCCUGCCCGUCUUCUCCACCUUCGUCCUCACCGGCGCCUCGGGGGACAAGGUGUACGGCGCCGCCAUCCAGUUCCACGAGGCGUUCCCUCGGGAGCGGCUGUCGGAGGCGCAGGCGCUGCGCCUGGGGCUGCUCAGCGUGGUGGACCGGCGGCCGGUGCCCGGGCGCUCCCUGCACACCCGCAAGAGCAUCUGCGUGCUGUCCCACUGGCCCUUCUUCGACGUCUUCCGCAAGUUCCUCAUGUUCAUCUACCGCUACUCCAUCUCGGGCCCCCACGUGCUGCCCCUGGAGACGCACAUCUCCCACUUCAUGCACAACGUGCCCUUCCCGUCCCCGCAGCGCCCGCGGAUCCUGGUCCAGAUGUCCCCGUAUGACAGCCUGCUGCUGUGCCGGCCGGUGUCCUCCCCGCUGCCCCUCAGCGGGGCCAGUUUCCUGACGCUGCUGCAGAACCUGGGCCCCGACAACGCGGUGGCACUGCUGGUGGCCGUCCUCACCGAGCAGAAGCUGCUCAUCCACUCCCUGCGCCCCGACGUCCUGACCAGCGUGGGCGAAGCCCUGGUGGCGAUGAUCUUCCCCCUGCGCUGGCAGUGCCCCUACAUCCCGCUGUGCCCGCUGGCGCUGGCUGACGUGCUGUGUGCCCCCGUGCCCUUCAUUGUAGGCAUCCACUCCAGCUACUUCGACCUCUACGAGCCCCCCCGCGACGUCAUCUUCGUCGACCUGGACACCAACACCAUUUUCCAGAGCGAGGAGCGGAAGCUGCUGUCGCCCCGCGCGCUGCCCCGCCGGCCCUGCAAGGUGCUGCUGGCCUCGCUGCACAGCCUGUCCCAGCAGCUGGAUGAGUUGCUGAGCGCGCCGGGCGAGGAGGAGCCCCCGGAGCUGGUGCUGAGCGACGCGGAGGCGGCGGGCGCGCGGCGGGCGCAGCUGGAGCUGGAGGCGCGGGCGGCCUUCCUGCGCUUCAUGGCCUGCGCCCUGCGCGGCUACCGCUCCUUCCUGCGCCCCAUCGCGCCCGCGCCCGCCCCGGCCGGCCGCGACGCCGGCAGCCUCUUCGCGCUCCAGGGGUUCCUGCGCUCCCGGGAGCGGGCCUACCAGCGUUUCUACGGGCAGCUGCUGCGCACGCAGCUCUUCACGCAGUUCAUCGAGGACUGCUCCUUCGCCAGCGACCGCGAGCCCUGCCUCGAGUUCUUCGACACCUGCGUCGACAAGGUGCAGGUGGACCUGGAGAAGCCCGAGGACACGCCCCUGAUGGAACUGGACGACCCCCGUGGGGGGGAGCACACGGUGUUCAUCACCCCCCCGGAGCAGCCGGCGGGGCCGGACGGGGCCGAGCCCCCCGCGCGCUACAGGUAUGACGGGUUCCCCACGCUGCGCCCGGAGCUGCUGGAGCCCCCCCGAGACCCUCUGGUGGCGCAGCUGUGCCAGGCCAGGAGCAGCGCCCCGAGCAGCCCCGCGCCGCGCCGCACCAAGCAGGAGAUGAAGGUGGCCCAGCGGGUGGCCCAGAAGUCGUCGGCGGUGCCAGAGCUGUGGGCACGGUGCCUGCUGGGGCACUGCUACGGCCUCUGGUUCCUGUACCUGCCCACGCACGUGCGCGCCGCCCCCGCCAAGCUCCGCGCGCUGCAGCUGGCCUACGACGUCCUGCGCAAGAUGGAGCAGCACAAGGUGGUGCUGCCCGACGAGGUGUGCUACCGCAUCCUGAUGCAGCUCUGCGGGCAGUACGGCGAGCCCGUGCUGUCGGUGCGCGUCCUGCUGGAGAUGAAACGCGCCGGCAUCGUCCCCAACACCGUCACCUACGGCUACUACAACAAGGCGGUGCUGGAGAGCAAGUGGCCGGCGGGGACGCAGGGGGGGCGGCUGCGCUGGGCCAAGCUGCGGAAUGUGGUGCUGGGGGCGGCGCAGUUCCGGCAGCCCCUGCGGCAGCGGCAGCGCCAGAGCGCCGCCGGAGACCCCCCGGGUGACCGAGCCCCGCCCGCCUCGCGCCCCCCCCUGCAGCGCCAGACCACCUGGGCGGGUCGGAGCCUUCGGGACCCGCUCCCGGCCCCGCGGCUCGUCAAGAGCGGCAGCCUCAGUUUCCCCGGCCCCGCCCGGCCCGAGGGGGCGGCCCGGGAGAGGCCGGGGGAGCCCCCGCUGCUCCCCGCGACCCCCACCCCGCCGCCGCCCCCCCGCCCGCGGGCCCCCCCCGGUUCGGCCGACGGGAGCCUCUCGGACAUCGCCACCGACGACAGCGGCGGGGACGAGGGGCCCGGAGGGGGGUCCGGGGGGGGUCCCGGAGGGGGUCCCGGGGGGGGUCCCGGGGCGGCGACCCCGCGCCGGGGGCUGGCAGCCAAGCUGCAGCAGCUGCUGUCGCCCGGCAAGCGGCCCCCCCCGCGCCCCUCGGAGCCCCCCCGGGAGCCCGGGGCACGCCGGGGGUCGGAGCAGCGGGAUGGGGACCCCUCCUCACGGCGCAGCCCCGCCGAGACCCUGCUGCGGCCCCGGGAGCGGCCCGAGUCCACGGCGUCCGAGAGCUCCGUGUCCCUGGGCAGCGAACUGGACCUGUCCGAUGCCUCGGGGGGCAGCAGCGGGGCCCCCAGACCCACGGAGCCCUGCACGGAAGGGGCAGCGGGGACGGAGCCCCCCGCCCUGGAGGUGCUGCUGUCCAGCUGCUCGCGCUGCCCGGGCUGUGCCGGGCUCGUGUUCGACGAGGAGCUGAUGGCGGGCUGGACCUCGGACGACUCCAACCUCAACACCUCGUGCCCCUUCUGCUCCCGCUCCUUCGUGCCCUUCCUGAGCAUCGAGAUCCGCGACUUCCGGCGGCCCCCCAGCCCCCCCGGGGCCGGCCCGGUGCCCCCCUCCCCGCAGGGGCCGGUGCUCAGCGACCGCCGGCGCUGCCUGGAGCUGGACGAGACCCCCGAGACCCCCGAGACCCCCGAGCUGUGCAACGGCUGCGCCGAGACCCCGCCCCCGGGGCGCUGGGAGCGCGUGGCCUUCGCCUACCUGAGCCCGCUGGUGCUGCGCAAGGAGCUGGAGAGCCUGGUGGAGAACGAGGGCGGGGAGCUGCUGGCGCGGCCCGAGCUGGUGGACAGCCACCCCAUCAUCUACUGGAACCUCGUGUGGUACUUCCAGCGCCUGGCCCUGCCCAGCCAGCUGCCCCUGCUGCUGCUGGGCUCCCAGCACGCCCCCCGAGACCCCCAGCCCCCCGAGGCCUCCCGGGUGCGUGUGAGGCUCCUGUGGGAUGUGCUGAGCCCCGACCCCGAGAGCGGCCCCCCACUCUACGUGCUCUGGAGGCUGCACAGUAACAUCCCCCCCCGGCUGCACCCCUGGGGCCCCCCAGCCCCCUCGUUCUCGCUGACCUUCCUGGAGGCCCUGCUGAGCCACGUGGGGCUCAACGAGGUGCACAAAGCCAUCGGGCUCUUCCUGGAGACCCUCGCGGCCCCCGGAGCCCCCCGAACCCUGCACAGGAGCAUCUACCGGGAGCUGCUGUUCCUGACGCUGGCGGCGCUGGGCCGGGAGCACACCGACAUCGCCGCCUUUGACCGCCGGUACCGCUCGGCGCUGGGCAAGCUGGGCGGGGCGCUGGGCCGGGACGAGCUGCGGCGGCGGCGGGCGCAGCCCCCCAGCGCCAGAGCCUCCGAGUGCCGCCGCACCUUCGGGGCGCCCCCCGAGUGCUGAACCCCCCCCGGGAACCCCCCAGGAUGAGAUGGGAACGACCCCCAAAGAGCUGGGGGAGGUCGAGGUGGGGAAGGGACCCCCAGGAUCCCCCUCAGAUGCUCCAGGGUGGGGAAGGGACCCCCCCCUCAAAUGCUCCAGGAGGGACAAGGGACCCCCAGGAUCCUCCUCAAAUGCUCCAAGGUGGGGAAAGUACCCCCAGGACCCCCCCUCAAAUGGUCUAGGAUGGGGAAAAGACCUCCAGGACCCUCCUCAAAUGCUCCAGGAGGGACAAGGGACCCCCCAGGACCUCCCUCAAAGGCUCCAGAGUGGGGAAGGGACCCCCAGGACCCCCCUCAGAUGCUCUAGGAUGGGGAAUAGACUCCCAGGACCCCCCUCAGAUGCUCUAGGAUGGGGAAAAGACCCCCAGGACCCCCCCUCAAAUGGUCUAGGAUGGGGAAAAGACCUCCAGGACCCCCCUCAGAUGCUCUAGGAUGGGGAAAAGACCUCCAGGACCCCCCUCAGAUGCUCCAGGAGGGACAAGGGACCCCCAGGCCACCCCUCAAAUGUUCCAGGGUGGGGGAAAAGGACCCCCCAGCACCCCCAGGCUCACGACGGGUUUUAUAUGUCAGUGUUAAUAUAUUUUUAUUUAUUUAUUCACCCUCCCCCAGAGUGAGAGCGCGGGUGGGACGGGCAGGGGCGGCUCUGGGGGGGGGGGUUCCCCCUCCUCAUUUCUGCCCCGGGGGGGUUUGGGGGUGACAGGGCAGCUGGGGGUGCUCUGGGUUUGUGCCCCCCUUCCAUCUCCAGCCCUCCCGCGCCCCCCGGGGGGGUUUGGGGCCUUUGGGGGGGUUCGGUGGCCAUUGGGGGGGGGGUUUGGGGCCGCCCCCUCCCCUCGCACUGUGCAAUAGCAGCCCCCGCCCCAGGGGCCUGUAAAUAAAAGCUGCUGCGGUAUUUUC